AUGGAGGAGAGAACCAGAGAGUCAAUGCGGCGACAGAUAGAAACUUUGAGGAAAAUGACAUACUUGAGGAGAGAACCAGAGAGUCAAUCAAGGAAAACUAGUGUAGGUGAUAAAAGUAAGGGUGUGAAGGGUGAUACUUCAGCUUUUCAUGGUACAAAUAAAAGUGAUGUGCAUUCUGACUAUGCAGAUUUAGAUGAAUUAUGUAGUUUUGAUGAUUCAUCUUCAGAGGAUGAUGGUGUCAGUAUGAGGAAGACAAAGUUCCUUGAGUUUAGGGUUGACAUUGACUUGAAAAACCUAUCUUUCAAGCUAGGAAUGUUGUUUGAAACAACAAUUAAGUUGAAGGCAACA